AUGGGAGAGGUGGCAGCAGCACCUCAGGAACCAGACGGACCCAAGCUGCGCUUCAGAAACUAUGCGGUCGCCGCCCAGGAGCAAAUAGAGCACCAGAGGGUGGAGCCUGCCCGGGUGCCGGAGUUCAAAGAGGUGAAGGUGGACGUGGCUGCGGUGCUAGGUGAUGAUCCAGAGGAGGUGCUGGUGAAUGUCGCGCCCAAAAAGGCCAACUGGGACCUGCGUCGUGACAUUGCGGAUAAGCUGGCACGCCUGGAGCGCCGCACACAGGCUGCCAUGAUCAACCUCAUGCAGGCGGAGCGGGGAGAGGAGGGAGAUGCAAACAAUAAGCCUUGA